AUGUUUGAGUUGACUAUACCGUCGCCUACAGAAAAUCAACUAAGACAAAACAGCAGUAAAUUUUUUUCAAAAUGGAAUUUCCCGAACUGUGUUGGAGCGAUAGAUGGGAAACAUGUAAGAAUAAAGGCUCCCAAACGAAGUGGAUUAUUAUAUUUUAACUAUAAAGAGUACUAUUCAAUCGUUUUGCUAGCAGUCGUUGACGCGGAUUGUAAAUUCAAUGCUGUUGAUAUUGGUUCCUAUGGUAGAGAGGAAGAUGCUUGUAUUUACCUAAAGAGUCAAAUAGGGAAAAUGAUAAAAAUUAAUACAUUCAAUAUACCAGCACCAAAAGUUAUACCCGGAACAAAUAAUGUUGUACCCCAUGUCAUUGUAGGGGGUGAAGCUUUUGCUUGCACGAAAACCUGA